CUUCAAAUUUCCUAAUUCAAUAAUCUCUAAACAAUUUAAGUACAGGUACUAAUAAAAGAAUUGAUUUUGGCAUCCCUUGAAAAUAUAGAUAAAUUCAUUACAGAAUUUACAAUAAGAUUCCACUAACCUGAUAUCUUAAUAAAAAAUGCUGCAAUAGCUAUAAAAUCAGAGGAUUUAGAGAUAUUCUAACUCACCUUUAAAGAUACUUUUUAAUUUCAUUUAACCACUCACCUAAUUUCUAUUAGAUUCUCUAUUCGAAAAAAAAAUAUAAGACAUCUAAUGGUCUCAUUUAAAAAUUCAAGAAUUACAAACAUAACUAAAGAUGAUUUACUCAAACUGGCUGAAGAAUAUUAAUAACAUGUUACUAACAACUAAAUCAUAUUUUUAAUUACAAUUCUAAUUUGAAGGCUUUCAAAAUCUUUAAAAUUUUUGUACAUUUAAUAUGUAUCAUGAUUUUGUAGUUAUUUUGAUCCAUAUAAAUAAAAAGGAUGGUUAAGUGGGAAAUUUGUAAUCAUUUCAAUUAGUAAAAUUGCUUAUUAAUAUUGUAGCCUAAAAUGGUGUAGUUAAGAAUAAGAUUCAAGUCUAUUCAUGUCUAUAGUGAUAAUAUAAAUAUGAUGAUUUUACACAUGUUGUCUUGGUUAGAUGAAUAAAGACAUAGGUGGAGAUUAGACCAGAUUGAUAAUUGAUUUAGGAGCUUUGACACCUGUUUACUUAGUAGAAUUGCCACAUGAAGGGAAUCUUAUCUUAGGGAUAGUUCUUUUAUCUCUAAAAAGGGGAGGAUGUAUGAUAUGAUAUAAGAGUUAAAAAGAUAAGAG